AAGGGCAUCCUUACAAACAUUAAGAAAAUGACUGAAUGCGUCGAACACUACGCGAUUCCUCAAUGUCGUUUGCCACCCAGUUCACCAAUAAAAUCUCACUUAUUUUUCGACGAAACGUAUGCCGAUUAUCGAUUUGAGUCCACCCGGUUGGAAAGUUUCAAAAAUUGGCCAUGGACAAGCGGUUUAUGGAUAAAGCCAGAGAAACUCGCGGCGGCUGGGUUUUAUUAUACUGGAGAGAGCGACAAGGUGAAAUGUUUCGAAUGUCCAAUAGAAAUAUAUGGCAUAUGGCAGAUGGAUGACAAUCCGAUGGCCUAUCAUCAACAAUGGUCUGGGGAGUGUCGGUUUAUUAAUAAUAUUCCGUGCGGCAACGUGCCGAUCGGUACAGAUCUUAACACGAUUCCGGAAUUUGUACCUAAAGGAGUGGAUGUAUGUGGAAUAUAUAACAAUAAGGCUUACUUUGAAGAAAGAGUGAUUUGUAAAUUGAGAGGGAUGGCCUCAAGACCGAAAUAUGUCAGUAUUGCUACGAGAAUAGCGAGAGGGAUGGCCUCAGGACCGAAGCAUCCCGAAUAUGUCAGUUAUGCUGCGAGAUUAGCCUCGUUCGACAGAUGGCCUAAAGUAGUGUCGCAAACUAAAGAGACACUGGCAACUGCUGGUUUCUAUUACACGGGAAGUGGCGAUCAAACAUUGUGCUAUUACUGUGGUGGAGAAUUAAGGGAUUGGGAGCCAGAAGAUGAUCCGUGGGUAAAGCACGCUAAGAGGUUCGAAUAUUGUCCUUAUCUGAUUUUAACUAAAGGGACGGAAUUUGUAAGCAGCAUUGCCGGGAGAACGGAUAUCGAAGCAGAUAGCAUAUUAUUGGCAAUUAAUAAAUUCGAGAAUAUUGAGAAAUUCUAUUCUGAAGAAACUAAUACUGCAGAAGUAAGUG